GUAUCUGGCAACCCUGUGACUGGCGGCGCCAUACCCGCCUCCCGCUUCGCCCGCUCGCACUUCCGUCAAGACUCAGAUUGAGUCAAGAUGGCUGAGAACGUCAAGUCAUGGCUUUAUGCAUUUUGUGGGAAAAAAAAGAUUACUCCCAAUUAUGAAGUCAGAAAUUCAGGUCCUAAGCAUCGCCAACGGUUCUUAUGUGAAGUGCGUGUCCCUGGAUACAACUAUAUUGGUGUUGGCAAUUCAACAAGUAAGAAGGAUUCCCAGUCCAAUGCUGCCAAAGAUUUUGUACAGUUCCUCAUCCGCCAAGGAGAGGUUCCUGCAGAAGAAAUUAAAGAUUUACAGACACCUGAUGGCGGCGGCGGCGGUGGUGGUGGGGGUGGUGGUGAUGGCGAUGAUAAUAAACAACUUGAAGGUAAUGGAGAGUACCAACUUUCUGCACCAAUGGCUCCUGUCCCGGGUCUUCGAGAUGAAGGAAAUGUUUACCGUCCAAUUCAGAGGGAAGGUAGACAUAUGACAUACAUGGAACGCAUACAGGAACGAAAAGCUAUAGAAGAGGCUGAAGAUGUUGAUCUUACUGCAAAUAUCCACGGUAAUUGGACAGUUGAAAAUGCAAAAUCACGUCUACACAUGUUUCUUCAGACAAACAAGAUUAAGGCCGAUUACAAGUACAGUGCAAUUGGUCCAGACCAUAACAGGAGUUUUGUGGCUGAAAUGUCCUUCUAUGUGAAACAGCUCCAACGAAAUGUUUAUGGACGUGAAACUGGGUCCAAUAAACAAGCUGCCAGUAAAAGCUGCUCUCUCUCACUUGUUCGGCAACUUUACCACUUGAAUGUAAUUGAGCCAUUUUCUGGGACACUGAAGAAAAAGGACAGUGAGCAGCUCAAACCAUAUGAAGUGGCCAUUUCACCAGAACUUGUUACACUGAUGGACUCUGUGAUUAAAAUGACAGGUGUUCAUCCAGUUCUGCCAGACAAUGAUCCUUCUCAACCUAGCAAUCUGAUUCCUGAUGUUAUGCUGGCUGAAUUUGAACCAUCUGAAGCUCCUCAGUCUACUGGUGGAGUAGUGUCUUGGUCUCCACCACAGCCAAACUGGAAUGCCUGGACUAGCUGUAAUUUGGAUGAAGGUCCUUUAUCUACACUCAAUUUGGAUCAAAUUAGUGCCGACUUACAAGGAGUUCACAAAGACCGGCUGCAGACUGAUCAAAUGUUACAGUCUGUAACUCACCAAAGGACUCAGUUGCCUGUGUUCAAUAUGAAGCAAGAUAUAAUGAGUGCCAUAUAUGAUAACCCAGUUACUAUCAUCCGGGGUAAUACAGGCUGUGGAAAGACAACUCAGGUUUGUCAGUUCAUCUUGGAUGAUUAUAUUCAAUCAGGAUCUGGAGCGUUUUGCAACAUAGUAAUCACACAACCUCGCCGUAUAUCGGCGGUAUCUGUUGCUGAUCGUGUUGCAAGUGAGCGAGGAGAAGAUAUUGGUAAUAGUGUUGGCUACUCUGUGAGAUUUGAGUCAGUGCUUCCAAGACCAUAUGGAGGAAUAUUGUUCUGCACUGUUGGAGUUCUAUUAAGGAAGCUAGAAGCUGGACUGAGAGGGGUGUCUCAUGUAAUUGUUGAUGAAAUUCAUGAGAGGGACAUCAAUACGGAUUUCAUCCUUAUUGUGUUACGUGAUAUGGUGCGUGCUUUCCCCGAUCUUCGCAUUAUUCUUAUGUCUGCUACCAUAGAUAUCAGUCUUUUUUCGGAAUAUUUUGCCAACCCUUUUUUGAUUGAGGUACCAGGCCGAGCCUUUCCUGUGCAGGAGUAUUUCCUGGAAGACUGCAUUGAACUUACAAAAUUUAUGCCCUCUCCAGAUACCAGAAAACGGAAUAAAAAGGAGAAGGAUGAAGAACUGCCAGGAGAAGAACCAGAGGAGAACCUGAAUAUUGUUAGCUCAAGUCAUUAUUCAGAAGGCACUAGACGGGCAUUGGCUAUGAUGAAUGAGAAAGAUUUGAGCUUUGAAUUGGUUGAAGCCUUGCUGAAAUAUAUAGACACUCUCAGUACUCCUGGGGCUGUUCUGAUAUUUCUUCCUGGUUGGAAUCUCAUCUUCACUCUCAUGAGACACCUAAAGCAACACCCUGUUUUUGGGGGACACCAAUACUGUGUGUUACCUCUGCACUCUCAACUUCCACGGGAGGACCAGCGCAGGGUGUUUGACCCUGUUCCCGAUAAUGUUCGAAAGAUUAUCCUGGCUACAAACAUUGCCGAGUCCUCAAUCACCAUUAAUGAUGUUGUGUUUGUGAUAGACUCGUGCAAAGCAAAAAUGAAACUCUUCACAUCACAUAACAACAUGACCAACUAUGCAACUGUAUGGGCUUCACGUACCAACAUGGAACAGCGCAAAGGUCGUGCUGGUAGAGUCAGGGCAGGAAUUUGUUUCCACAUGUGCACUCAGGCUAGAUUUGAAAGACUAGAUGAACACAUGACACCUGAAAUGUUCCGCACACCAUUGCAUGAAGUGGGACUCUCAAUUAAACUUUUGCGUCUUGGAUCCAUUGGAGAAUUUCUUUCAAAAGCAAUUCAAGCCCCACCUAUUGAUGCUGUUAUUGAAGCAGAAGUCACAUUGAGAGAGAUGAAGUGUUUGGACAGUAACGAUGAACUUACACCUCUGGGCCGUAUCUUAGCAAGGCUACCCAUUGAGCCUCGCUUGGGGAAGAUGGUGAUUCUUGGUUGCAUCUUCUUUUGUGGGGAUGCCAUGUGUACCAUUGCAGCUCACAAUUCUACUUCUCCCGAAAUUUUUAUCAUCCCUCCCGAAUACCGUCGACUUAGCCCAUUCCAGCGAGCUUUUGCUGGUAACAGAUACAGUGACCAUAUAGCAGCUUUAAAUGCAUUUUACUCGUGGGAAGAAGCCAGAUCUGGAGGAGAAGAUGCAGAAAUUAGGUUUUGUGACUACAAAGGACUUUCUAUGCCAACGCUUAGAGUUACAUGGGAAGCAAAGAAUCAGCUGAAGGAGUUGCUUGUGAAUACUGCUGGAUUCCCAGAAGAAUGUCUUUUACCUCAAACAUUCAACUUUUAUGGCCCAGAUCCUAAGCUGGACAUGGUGGUGGGCCUCCUAGCUUUGGGACACUAUCCCAAUGUUUGUGCUCACAAAGAGAAGCGCAAGGUAUUAACCACAGAAUCUAAAGCGGCUCUUAUUCACAAAUCAUCUGUCAACUGCAGUAAUCAAGAAUUGAUCUUCCCUUCUCCGUACUUUGUAUUUGGAGAAAAGAUUCGCACUCGGGCCGUAUCGUGCAAACAAAUGACAAUGGUGACACCCAUUCACUUGAUGUUGUUUGGGUCUAGACGUGUAGAAGCUGUGGAGGGUGUUAUUCGCUUGGAUGGUUGGAUUAAUUUAGAUCUCUCAGCUGAACUUGCAUCGAGAAUACUAACACUGAGGCCGUGUUUGGAAGCUCUUGUUAUUAGAGGAGCAACCAGUCCUGAGGCUAUAACUGAGCCUUCACAUCAGGAUGAGCAGGUCAUGAACUGUGUUCGCCAGUUGUGCCGCAUUAAUGCAGGCCGUUACAAUAUGGAGCCAAUUGGUAUGGGAGGAUUUAAUACACCUAGACCUCCCCGACAAUUUGGUGGGCCACCCAUGAAGAGAAUGAGGUCAGAUGAUGGAACAGGCGGUUUUCGAGAAUCAGAAGGAGGUUUCAGGGGUGGUUAUAGCAACAACAGUGGAUUUGCUGGUGGCCGGGGCUAUGGUCGUGAUGGAGGAUUUAGAGGUGGCCGUGGAGGAUUUGGCGGUGGCCGUGGUGGUCGUGGGGGUUUUGGUGGCAACCGUGGAGGCUUUGGUAGCAGCCGUGGAAGCUAUGGAGGAAACUCUGGAGGCUAUGGAGGAAGCUCUGGGGGCUAUGGAGGAAGCUCUGGGGGCUACGGAGGAAGCUCUGGGGGCUACGGAGGAAGCUCGGGAGGCUAUGGAGGAAGCUCGGGAGGUUACGGAGGAAGUUCUGGAGGUUACGGAGGAAACUCUGGAGGUUAUGGAGGAAGCUCUGGAGGUUUCAGUGGUAAAAGGGAAUAUGGUGCAGACUAAGAACUAUGUAUGGAAAGCUUGAUGGACAUUGGCACACUGCAUAGUAAUGUGUUCUAGUUUUUCCCAUACAAAGAUGCCAGUAAUAAAUAGCUAUUGAACAGUUAAGCAGCUGUUCACUGAACUAAAAGGAAUAAUUGAAUAAUUGUUUUGGCAAAUGAGGAGGAAAUAAAUGUUUUUGAAAUACACAGUACAUUAUGAUGGAUAUUCCAGUAACAUAAUGAAACAUGUUUGGUAUUGGUUAGUGCACAAUACAGAUCAAAAAUUUUGCAUUUUUUGUUUUAAAUUAAUAAUCUUGUACAAUAUAUUGAUUAAUAUACACAUAAAAUGGGUGAUAAAUGUUCUGGAAAUAAUGAUCAUAUAAAUUUACAUUACAGUCCCAAUGGAUGUAAUAAUAAAACCAUGAUACUGUACUGUUUUGAUUAACAUCCUGAACAGGUCACAAAUCAAACAUUUUUCAUUACAGUAAUUUCUUAAGUUGUGGUAGAUAUCAAAAUAAAGUUGUAAAAUUGUCUUAAUUGAAAAUACUGUGUUUAAUUUUUUUUAGUGAACUUGUGCAAUUUGAAUUACAUUCAUGGGUAAUUGUUUUGGCAAAUGAGGCAAAAUUUGGCAAAAUUCUGAUAUAUUUAAACAAUACUAAUAAGGAAUAUUGAUGGGUUUACAAACUUAGUACAAACUAUAGAAUACUUUAGUUUUAAAUCAUGUUUUUGUGGAUUAAAUUUACUGUAAUAGUAAAACUGUAUCACAAUAAUAAAUUACAGUUAAUACAGUACCGUAUAUAGUUUUCAGAACAUUCUAGAUUUAAAAGUAUCAUUGCCCCUAUGCAAUUCUGUUGUGUAUUGUCAUUGUAUAUGGCAAUUUAAGAUUUGUGUGCAUAUAAUUAUACCAGCACCUGAAGCAAGUCAAACUAUAUUAGUGUCUUCCCUUAACUUUUUUCAAGAAGGAACAAUUAAGUAAAUUUUCUUUCCAGGACAUGUCAAGUUAAUAUAGAUUAGCAUUCAGUGCUUUCUUACUAAUUGCAUGAAUUGCAACACAGGAAAAUAAUAUUUUACACUUCUGGUCAACAGGGAAUUAAUAAUAAGUAAACAAAGUGGGAGACUGAGAACAGUUAUAACAAGCAUGAUGUAUACAUAGAGCAUGAAGCUGAUUUUGAGGGAUUGACGAGUUACUUGCUGAGGGUAGAUUGGGCAGAGCUGAUCAUGAGAGGUGACUUGAACUAGUAUAUUCUGCAGAUGCAAAUUCUAAUGCAUUUACAAACUUUCUAAUUGAGGUUUACGGGCAUUGUAUACCAUGAAAAUUAAUUAGGUUCAAUAAUAUUGGCCUAAAUGGUUAAUCAUGGGACUAAAGUAAACUUUACAUUAUAUUAUAAUGGUGAACUGAUUUUUUCUAAACAAUUUAUUAUGCUAGGCAGUACCAUAAAAAAAAUAUAUAAAUUAUGAAGUGCAUAUAGCAGAGCAGCAAAGUCAAGCAAAGAUUUUUUCCAGGUAUGGGUAGAAGUCAUUGAAAAAUGAAAUGGGUCAGAUAAAGGUUAAUGGCAGAAAUAAGUUGAAUUCUAUAGUACUUGUCAAUGCUCUAUUGUCAGCAUUGGAGAACUAUAUUUGACUUGUAGCUGAACAAAUUGUACAAAACGUUUGACGGAAGGUAACACACAAUUUUGACUAGGUAAACUAACAAAUCUAUUUUACUGUUGAUUUAGAUUUGUAUGUAAAAAUAGCAGUAAACUGGAAAUUUUUAAUUAAUGGAAUUCAGGUUUUUGUAAACAUUGUCUAUAAGGAUUUUCCAAAAAAAUUUUGGUGUACUUGAUGGAAAUGUAGUGCUAGUAUUUUUUAUCCAUAAUGAAUAGUAAAAGGGCUAAUCUAAUAUUAAAUCGUUAAAUCAUAAAAUUAGUCAGAACAACAUUGUCCUGCUAAAAGUAUUUCAACAACUUGUAGAAUGUCUUGAUUUUCAGGUUAUAUGAAAUUUCUUGCUGUUUGAGUCAUUUGUCCUUUGGUGGAUUUUAUCCAUUUGAACAUUCUGCGACACAAAGGAGGAUUACUUUAAUGCUAAAUCUCGCUGUCUCUCUGCAUGAUUUGGUAAGCACACUAUUAAGCUAUAAUGGUGCUCAAAAUAACUAAACUAUAUUCCACAGUAAGGAACAUUCAUAUUUGUGGGGCAUGAUGCCUUCUUAGCAUUUUCAGCAAAUAAAAAAAUGCCAAAAAGUUGGACUUUAGAACCAAGUGAAAGUUGUUCUGUGGUGGCAAUAAAAUGAAUAAAUAUU